UAAAUGCAUUUGGUUUGGACAGCUGGUUAUUGUUUACAUUUCAGAAGCACCCCACCGCACGUAACAGCACAAAUGGAAAUUGAAUUUAAACAAAACUGAAUAUAAAUCUAUUAAACAAUGGUUCAAUUAUUUAGUUUCUUGUUAAAGGCAACCAAAAAGACUCCUCGUGCUCACAUGCGUAAUGCCUUCUUAGACACACUACGGUUAACUGUCAAAGGAGGACAUGGUGGAAAUGGGCUACCCAAAUACGGUGGCAUUGGUGGUCAGGGGGGAUGUGUUUAUUUAGAGGCCAAGGAGGGUACAACCCUCAAACAACUGGCCCAACGCUUCAAAGAAAAGAAGGCAGCAGCUUCGAGUGGUGAAGACAGCAGCAAAGUAAGAAUACUAGGAAGACGGGGAGUUGAUGAGAAAAUCGAAGUGCCUGUUGGAGUACAAAUUUAUGAUGACAACGGAAAACUUUUGGCCGAUCUAAAUGAGCCGGGUGCCAGGUGCAUUGCAGCAGGUGGAGGUAUUGGUGGUUGUACCGGCACGAACUUCUUGGGCAAGCCGGGGGAGCAUAAAACCAUUAACUUAGAUUUGAAAUUAAUUGCUGAUGUGGGUUUGGUGGGCUUUCCCAAUGCUGGCAAAAGUACAUUCUUGAAAGCCAUAUCUAAGGCGAAACCAAAAAUUGCAUCAUAUCCAUUCACCACCAUACGACCUCAGGUGGGUACGGUAGAAUAUCCUGAUCUAAGAUCCAUAACCAUUGCCGAUUUGCCCGGUUUAAUUGAGGGAGCCCAUGCCAAUUUCGGUAUGGGUCACAAAUUCUUAAAACACAUUGAACGCACCCGCCUUCUUUUGUUUAUGGUUGAUAUAUUUGGUUUCCAAUUAAGUCCAAAACAUGCUCGUCGCAAUUGUUUGGAAAAUAUUUAUGCCCUAAACAAGGAAUUGGAAAUGUAUGACGCCACAUUAUUAGACAAACCAUGUAUUUUACUGCUGAACAAAAUGGAUCUUGAAGGAUCGUCGGAAAUAUUAAAAACUCAAAAGCCUUUCAUAAAGGACUUGGAAUCAAAGCUGCACGAAUGCCCUCCUGAAAUACGACCCGACCGGGUAAUACGCUUUGAACGUAUUCUCUCGAUAUCGGCACAAAAUUCUGCACGCAUACAAGAUGUUAAAAAAGAAUUGCGUAGAAUACUUGAUGAACAUGCCGAAAAAGACACUGUUGCCGAUGGCGAAGAAGUUAAGGAAUUAUUGCGGCAACGUGUUGGUGAAAGGGGUCCAAAAGUUACGUAAAUAGUUAAAAUAUUUAAUAAAAGAAGUAGAAAUUAAA